UCAGAGGAGGCAGUAGGAUUGAAUGAGGUUCUGCAAGCUCAGGGAAAUAGUGGUAAAAGUCCAUUCAAAGCAGAUGAUCGUAAAAGAGAGCACACGGACAGCCCCGAAGUGCUCUUGAACAGUCAGUACAGAUGUGAUGAUGGAUGCAGUAGAGCCAGACAGAAGGGUUUCUCCUCUGAAGAACUUUGUGGCUGGAGGGGGCGGUGGGGUCUGUCUCUUAUUCACUGGACACCCGCUGGACACUAUCAAGGUCCGUCUGCAAACACAGGAAUGUGUUGUCUACAGAGGAACGUAUGACUGCUUACGAAAGACUGUGUCCAAAGAGGGAAUAUUUGGCCUGUAUAAAGGGAUGGGUGUCCUGCUAGCCAGUGUUACCCCAAUGAUGGCUUUGAAUUUCUUUGGCUUUGGGCUUGGAAAGGAACUUCUGCAACGUGACCGCACCGUACCAAUCACGAACACACAGAUCUACUUGGCGGGGAUGCUGGCAGGAGUAUUCACCAGUGUAAUCGUGGCCCCGGGCGAGAGAAUCAAGUGUUUACUUCAGAUCCAGUCCUCGGCCAGUCAGCUGAAGUACACUGGACCAGUGGAUUGUGCAUUUAGACUUUAUAAGGAACAAGGAUUUCGCAGUGUCUACAAGGGCACUGUUCUUACUCUAAUCAGAGAUGUGCCUUCAAAUGGUGUGUACUUUCUAACUUAUGAAUACUUAAAACAGUUUCUGACCCCGGAGAGAGAGUGCACAUCCAGAGUUCUUCUCGCAGGUGGGAUUGCUGGCAUGUUAAACUGGCUGAUUGCUCUGCCUGCAGAUGUGCUUAAGUCAAACUACCAGACAGAUUCAGGUGGUGUUAUAUAAAAGCGAAAACGCCAAGGUCGAGGAAACUAAAGACGACUACAAAACUACAACUCCC